UCAAACAUUCAGUUCUACCAAGUUCACUAACCUUAGCUUUCUAAGGUGAGAUUAAUUAGUAGAAUAUAAUUAGUGAAAUAUAUAGAUAUGGAGAGAGACUCCGUUAACGGAAAAUCCUCCUUGCAAGUGGAGAAGGCGGAGGAGGAGGCGGCGGCGGCGGCGACGCCGAUAUGGAAGAUAGUAAUGGUGGCGUCCAUUGCGGCGGGAGUUCAGUUCGGGUGGGCCCUGCAGCUCUCCCUCCUCACCCCUUACGUUCAGCUGCUCGGAAUCCCGCACAAAUUCGCGUCCUUUAUGUGGCUUUGUGGGCCCGUCUCCGGCAUGAUUGUUCAGCCCCUGGUCGGCUACUACAGCGACAAUUGCACUUGGCGUUUCGGUCGCCGUCGCCCCUUUAUUGCCUCCGGCGCCUUGCUCGUCAUUUUCGCUGUCUUCCUCAUUGGCUUCGCCGCUGAUAUCGGCCACGCCGCCGGCGACCGCCUCGACAAAACCACUAAGCCCCGUGCCGUUACUGUUUUUGUCGUCGGUUUUUGGAUCCUCGACGUCGCUAAUAACAUGUUACAGGGUCCAUGCAGGGCAUUAUUGGCGGAUCUCUCCGGCGGGAGCGCCGACAAAAUGCGAGCGUCAAACGCACUCUUUUCCUUUUUCAUGGCGGUCGGAAACAUCCUCGGCUACGCGGCGGGCUCCUAUUCUCACCUCUACAAGGUCUUCCCCUUUUCAAAGACUAAAGCCUGCGAAGGCUACUGCGCCAAUCUCAAGAGCUGCUUCUUCAUCUCCGUCGCCCUCUUGCUCACCGUAACCACCAUGGCGCUAACUUUCGUGAAAGAGCAAGAGCUAAAAGACGCCGCCGACGGCGGCGAGAAGGCGCAAAAGGGGAAAGGGGUGCCAUUCUUCGGCGAAAUCUUCGGCGCCUUGAAGGACCUCCCAAGGCCCAUGUGGAUUCUCCUGUUGGUCACGGCUCUUAACUGGAUCGCGUGGUUCCCUUUCUUGCUCUACGACACCGACUGGAUGGCCAAGGAGGUGUUCGGCGGCAAAGUCGGCGACACACUCUACUCUAGAGGCGUGCAUGCCGGCGCGCUGGGGCUCAUGCUCAACUCCGUGGUUUUGGGCUUCAUGUCGAUCGGCGUGGAGCUCCUGGCGCGGCGCCUCGGCGGCGUCAAGAAGCUCUGGGGCGGCGUUAACUUCAUCUUGGCGAUUUGUUUGGGCAUGACGGUUUUGGUCACCAAAAUGGCCGAGCAUACCCGCCGGAUCGACCCCAACGGCACCGUCCUCUCACCCACCGCCGGCGUUAAGGCCGGCGCCCUGGUUGUAUUCGCCGUCCUCGGAAUUCCUCUCGCGGUGACUUUUAGUAUUCCAUUCGCUCUGGCAUCCAUCUUUUCCAGUAAUGCUGGCGCUGGACAAGGCCUCUCCUUAGGCGUCCUUAAUCUUUCAAUCGUCAUACCCCAGAUGUUCGUGUCAUUCUUGAGUGGGCCAUGGGAUGCGGCGUUUGGCGGUGGGAAUUUGCCGGCGUUUGUGGUGGGAGCGGUGUCGGCGGCCUUGAGUGGGAUAUUUGCGAUGACAUUGCUGCCGUCGCCGCCGCGUGAUGCGAAGGUUGAGAUAUCUGGUGGUGGUUUCCACUGAAACACAAGUUUUCCGGCCUAAUCCCUAAUUAUACGUAUGUUGAUGAUAUAUGUAUGUAUGUAUGUAUCUUUCUGAAGCCGUUGAAGGGCAAAUAGAAAAUGUGGGCCAUGCAUGUUUAAUCUACUGUUCCCAUAUUGGUCUCCACAUUAACUCUCCACCUUAAUUAGUUGAGAGUGAUGCGUUGAUUGUACCUUGUAAUUUAAUUUCUUAAAAAUCAAAAGGGAUAUGACUUUGAAAUUAAUUAA